AUUGUCAGUAGUGAGCAUUCUGUUGACCAUGACAACUACACGAAAUAUUCUGGACCGCCCACACACGAAAACACAAAGGCUUGGGAGAAUCUUAUACCGCAUAAGCAUCACUAUAUUACAUUCAGAAACUUUAUGUAUUCUUAUUCAAAGAUUUCAGCAACAUUCUUCAGCCUCUCGGAGGAUGAACUUCGUGCAAGUGGCGAAUCACUGCACGACUCAGUACAACUUGCUGACGAAGAUGGCUACUUGGCUGCUUUGGGGGUCUAUCAUGAGCUUCACUGCUUGCGCCAAGUGCGAUUAUAUUUGUAUCGCGAUACAUACUUUGGUAACUUAACUGAAGCGAACCUGGAAUGGUUUUACUCUCACUUGGACCAUUGCAUCGAAACGCUGCGUAUUUCAAUCAUGUGUAACGCGGAUCUCAGUCUAUAUACAUUUUACUGGAAGGAACGGGAAGAAAAUAGACCACACGCAAAGUCAAACUCGCAGCGGCAGUGUCUUAAUUGGGCUCAGAUAGAACAAUGGAGCAUAAGUCGACAAGUAUCACUUUGGCCUCGGUUAGUCAGAAAGGGUGGCAACAAAGACAGGGUUCAUUUGUAGACCGAGAUUUGGUACUUCACGACUUGGGACCUACGUAGGCAAAUCAUCAGUCACUCAAAA